AUGGGGAGCGAUCUCAAGGAGAUGAAGUACAGGCGGAGGAUUGGGGCCGAGGAGCGGCCGCAAUGCAGCGACCCGAGGGGCGGCGCGGACUGGGCCGCGCUGCAGCAGGACCCCGUCGAGCUGCUGCGCAAGCUGGACGAGCUCAGGGACCAGAUCACGCGCUCCGGCAACGUCGUCGGCCAGCCGCGGGAGCACCGCAGGGUCAGCCGCCGUGCGGUCUCCAUGCUCCCCGAGCAUCUUGAGCCACCGCCUCUGCCGGGGUACCACCACCGCUCCCGCUAUGGCGGGCGGUAUGGGCCUGGCUUGCCACCACCAAGCCCAUACGCACCGCAGCGCCCUGAACAUGGGGAUAGGUAUGUGAGGCAGUCUAGUGGGCACUACCGCCAGUACCCUGGGAGGCAGUGGGAGAAUGGCGGGAUGGGGCCUGGGAGCUACCAUCACUAUGGGUGUGCCUGUCCGCACUGUCUGCAUGGGCAGAGGGCUUUGCCGCAAGAGGAGAACAUCCCAAUGGCGAGAUACUUUGCCGGGCAGCAUGAAUCAUACCGGUUCCAGAGGUCGCCAUCUGUGUCAUCUGAUUAUGAUCGGAGGUCUGUGGCAUCAUCACUUUACUCUCAUCGGUCUGUAUCGAAGAGGAGGGCAGAGUACUUCAGGAAGAAGGCAGAACAUAUCUGCCGUCCAGUGGAUGGUGCCGCACCUUUCUCUGUAUGCAGUUCAUGUUAUAAACUACUGCAGGUGCCUAUGGAAAAAUGCAUAGGGAGGAAGCAGAAUCAGAAUCGGUUUCAGUGUGGGUCUUGUUGUCAGAUAAUUACUUUGAAGCAUGAGCAAGAAGAUGGUAUUCCCUUUGCACCAUCGUCAUCCUUAUAUGUGCCUGAAAUGGAGCAAAGCUCAAGUGACCAGAUGAGGCGAGAUCCUGUCCAUCAACGCCAUGAGGAUUUCAAUUCUAUGUUCUACAAUUCGAAUGAUCAUAGCAACAUGCAAAACAACAUGGAUUUCACUGAUGAUAAUUCACUUUCUUCAACCAUGAGCAAUGACCGGAUUGACAAAGAGUGUGGGUCAACUAGAAGCAUUCAAUCAAAAGCUGAGGGUCUCUCUUUCUCUCCAAGUAGGUCUGUAGACAUUGGUAGCCCAAAGGAUAUAUUGUGCGAGAGGGACGCAGACUGCAAGGUGGAGCCUUCUAUAGAUGGUCCACUUAGCCCACGAUCUCCAGCUUUAGAGGACAAACUUGUUGACCCAUCGUGCGCACAAGAAAAAGGUAACAAUGAGGAUGAUCAAGGCAUGCCUUACAUACCAGCCCUAACUUGCAAAGGAGAAUAUGAUGUUAAUGAUGAGUAUGAUGGGGGCAUUAGUACAAGAAGCAAACAGGAGAGCAAUGAAGAUGACAAAGAUGCCACUGAAGAUGAAAGCUCAUGCAGAAGUUAUGAACAGAAGAGCAAGGAAGAUAACUGUUGCAACAUUGAAGAUAGUAGUAAGACAUAUGAGCAGAAUAGUGGAGAAGAUGACGCUAGUAGUCUAGUAGCUGGAAGUGAAAAGUAUGAGUUUAUGAAUAUUAAAGAUGACAUUAGCAGCCCUGGAGGUGAGGACACAUGCAACAAAUAUGAGCCAAAGGUCAAAGGAGAUGAAAAUUGUGUUCUUGGAGCUGAGAGCGUUAGCAACAAUUGUGAUGAAAAUAAUAAAGAUGUCACAGAAACUGGAAGCAUAAGUGAGAGACAUGAAGAGCUGAAAAUUGAAGAAGAUAACGGGAAACUGCAGCAGCCAUUUAUUGAAGAUGCCAAUUCCCAAUCAGGGAGUUGUUCAUCAAUUAAUGAGCGGACAAAUUCUGGGUUUUCUCGUGGUUCAUCAGAGGCUGGGUUAGAUGAAGAUCAGUCCUCAACCGGUAAGAGUGGGGAUUCAUCCUUUUUUGCUGGUUUCUUGAAGAAGGGUUUCAAGGACCUAUCUUUAUUAAAUAAGUCCAUGGACAAUGUUAAGGUUUCAAUUAAUGGUCACUCAAUCUCUGAAAGAGCCCUUAAGAAGGCAGAGAAGAAAGCUGGUCCUGUUGACCCAGGUUCAUAUUGGUACGACUACCGUGCUGGUUUUUGGGGUGUCAUGGGACGAGAAUGUAUUGGCAUUGUACCUCCAUUUAUUAGAGAAUUUAAUUAUCCGAUGGCCAGAAAUUGCGCCGGUGGGGAUACUGGUGUUUUUGUCAAUGGCAGAGAACUGCAUCAAAGAGAUCUAGAUUUACUUGUAGGAAGAGGACUACCACGGACAUCUGGAAAGUCAUAUUCUAUUGAGAUGUCAGGAAAUGUAAUUGAUGAAGCAACUGGGAAAAAACUACGCAGUCUUGGAAAACUUGCUCCCACUUGUCAAUCUGAUGUCUACCGAAGUACAGUUUUAAAAAACCACGGGCAUGGCCGUGGAGUUGGUAUACACCAGUACGACUACCGUGCUGGUUUUUGGGGUGUCAUGGGACGAGAAUGUAUUGGCAUUGUACCUCCAUUUAUUAGAGAAUUUAAUUAUCCGAUGGCCAAAAAUUGCGCCGGUGGGGAUACUGGUGUUUUUGUCAAUGGCAGAGAACUGCAUCAAAGAGAUCUAGAUUUACUUGUAGGAAGAGGACUACCACCGACAUCUGGAAAGUCAUAUUCUAUUGAGAUGUCAGGAAAUGUAAUUGAUGAAGCAACUGGGAAAAAACUACGCAGUCUUGGAAAACUUGCUCCCACGUUAGAAUUGUUGGACCACAAAGGGCAUGCUGAUCCAUAUUUAAACCGUGCCCCCCGAAACUGUUUUGGGGUUUCCUCAUAA